CUUUUUCGAAACUUCAUACUUUUACUUUCUCUUUCCCAUUUUUUUUUUAUUAUUGAUUAAUAAAAAACUAGAGCUUUAUCAUGGUUUGGUCCGAUAGAGUAAACGAUUAUGUUGCCCAGUCAAAAGUGGGCAAAUACUUUCAAUUGGAACAUUCUGGAGCUAGACGUGAAAGAAAAGGCACAAAGUUUUUAACCGAAAUCCGUGCUGGUUUAACCACCUUUUUCGCAAUGGCUUAUAUUAUUUCAGUAAAUGCUUCGAUUAUCAGUGAUAGUGGUGGAACUUGUGUUUGCCCCGGUGUUGAAGCCGAUCCUAUUUGUUUAGUCGAUGAGGAUUAUUUAACUUGCGUUUAUCAAGUCAAGUUAGAUAUGAUUAUGGCUACUACCAUUAUUGCAAUGAUCUCCAGUAUCUUGCUCGGUAUCUUUGCUAAUCUUCCUAUUGGUAUGGCCCCUGGUAUGGGUCUUAACGCUUAUUUCACUUACACCGUUGUUGGUUUCCAUGGAUCUGGAAAAGUCAGUUAUGAAACCGCUUUAGCUGCCGUCUUUAUUGAAGGUCUCAUUUUCUUGGCUCUCUCCAUUUUCGGUAUUCGUCAAUGGCUUGCUCGUAUCAUUCCCAUGAGUAUUAAGAUUGCAAUGGGUUGUGGUAUUGGUUUAUAUCUUUGUUUCAUUGGUCUUCAAGCAUCUGCUGGUAUCGGACUUGUUAGCCUUGAUGCAUCUACUUUAGUUACUUUAGGUGCUUGUCCUGCUGCCAAUCUUGUCGAUGGUGUUUGUAAAGGUGGCCGUAUGACUAAUGGUACCACCUACAUGGGUCUUCUCGGUUUAAUUAUUAUGGCUAUCUUGCUUUUGUACCGCGUCCGUGGUGCUAUUCUUAUUGCCAUUGUUUUCAUUGCCAUCACUUCAUGGCCUCGUGAUAACGCUGUUACUUAUUUCCCUUAUACUUCUCAAGGUGAUCUUAUGUUCAAUUUCUUCAAGAACGUUGUUUCCCUCCACAAGAUGGAUCAUGUACUCGGAAAGCUGAACUUUGACUUGUCCGGUAAAGAUAUCUGGAUUGCUUUGAUUACUUUCCUUUAUGUUGAUAUUAUGGAUACCACUGGUACCAUGUAUUCCAUGGCCAAUUAUGGUGGUUUCACUGAUAAGGCUGGUGACUUUGAGCAUUCUACUUAUGCCUUCAUGACUGAUGCUGCCUCUAUUUCCAUCGGUGCUUGUUUCGGUAGCUCCCCUUGUACCGCUUUUGUUGAAUCCGGUGCUGGUAUUGCUGAAGGUGGUCGUACUGGUAUCACUGCCAUUGCUGUUGGUUUCGGUUUCUUUGUCUCUAUCUUCUUCUCUCCAAUUUUCGCUAGUUUCCCUCCUUGGUCCACUGGUCCCGCAUUGAUUGUUGUUGGUUCUAUGAUGCUUUCAGGUGUUCGUAGUAUUAACUGGGAUUAUCCCGGAGAUGCUAUCCCUGCUUUUAUUACUUUGACUGUCAUGCCCUUCACUUAUUCUAUUGCUUAUGGUGUUAUUGGUGGUAUUGUUUCUUAUAUUAUCAUUAACGGUUUCGUCUAUAUUGUUGAUAAGGCUUCUCGUGGUUACAUUCGUCCCGAUUAUUCUCAACGUGAAGAUUGGUGGACUGCAGCUCUUAGUCGUCCCUUGUUGCCUACAUGGAUCCGUUUCUUGAUUGCCAAAUCCAAGGGCGAAGCUUUCGAUAGACAUGCUGAUGAAUACGAGUUUGACGAUGAUGAGCCUAAGCAAAUUAUUGUCGAUGAAGAUGACGAAAGUCAUCAUGAAAAGAUGAACUCUUCUCGUGAAGGUAUCAAUGUCACCGGAGGCAACUUGAAUGAAACUACUACCAUCAAUAGCAGAAUCUAUACCGAAAAAUCUUAAAAUCUACUUUUUAUACCUAAUUUAAACAUAAUCUUUUUACUACAUACAUAUUUAUUUAAUAAACAUUAAUAACACAUUUUUUUUUAUACAUUUAAA